UCAGUGGAAAAGCAUCAGUCAUCAAUUCAUCCUUUGUUCAAGAACAUAAUCUUAAACAAUAUGAAGGUCUUAUUAAUCAUCGCCGCUUUAAUUGCAGCCGUUGUUGCUGACCAAACACCCUAUUAUCAGCCUAGCUACUACCCCGAAUACAAGCCGGAGUACAAGCCAGAGUAUAAGCCCGAAUACAAGCCGGAGUACAAGCCGGAGUACAAGCCGGAGUAUAAGCCGGAAUACAAGCCUGAAUACAAGCCGGAGUACAAGCCAGAAUAUCCAACUCAAAAGCCGUACUACGCAGAAACAGCUUACAAACCCACUUACCCAGAGUAUAAGCCAGCUUAUACCGAACAUAAACCGGCUUACCAUGAACCAACGUAUGCCCACCCGGCACCAGCUUACAAACCCGCAUACAAGCCUGCGUAUCCGGAACACAAACCGACUUACUCGUCUCCACCACAGUAUCCUUCCUACGCCCCAACAUAUCCAGUCAAAUAUUAACAAAGUCUAAGUUACAUAAGUGAUCUUGUAAAAAUACCUGCGAAUCUAAUCCAUAUUUUGUUUUUUUUAGUAAAUGUUAAAAUGUUGAUAAACCAAUUCGUAUUACUGACAAUAAACUGCAUGUAAAAUAAAUAUGAUUUUGUUCAUAA